CGGACGGGACGGAGAGAUGCUGCGCGAUCGGACGCUCCGACUUCAGUUCGGCCACCGCAUCGAGGCCGUCUGCGUGCUGGGCACCCGGCUCUCCGUGGACGUCUUCGGGGCAGCUCCCCCUGAAGCAGUGACUUUCAGCGUGAAACAUUCACAGGGUGUCAAUGUUGAGGUUGUUAGCCAGGACCAGUCGGAUUUUGCACCUGCCAACGGGGCUAAGCAAUGGCCGCUGGAUCCCAGGACACUCCUGCAGAUCCAGAUGACCCAACCCAGCGUGGAGACCAAUGAUAAUAAAGUAUCUGUAGGCUUUUAUGGCGAGAAUGGAGAUCAGCCUAUAAAUCAGGCUGGCAUUUUCCUGACUGGCAUUGGCAUUUCCCUGGAUGUUGACGCAGACCGCGAUGGUGUGGUGGAAAAGAACAACCCCAAGAAGGCGACGUGGACCUGGGGCCCAGACGGCCAGGGUGCCAUCCUGCUGGUGAACUGCGACAAGGAAAGUCCGUUCAGUAUUGCUGAGGACUGCCAGGAUGACAAAAUAUUUUCCAGGGAAGAUCUGGAAGACAUGUCCCGCAUGGUCUUGAGAACGCAAGGCCCAGACCGGCUUCCUGCUGGCUACGAAAUGGUUCUCUACAUUCCGAUUUCUGACUCGAACAAGGUCGGGGUUUUCUACCUGCAGAACCCGUUUUUUGGCCAGCGCUACAUCCACGUCUUGGGGAGGAGAAAGCUCAGCCACGUGGUGAAGUACACGGGGGGCUCUGCCGAACUGGAGUUCUUCGUGGAAGGCUUGCGUUUCCCAGACGAGAGUUUUGAUGGACUUGUCUCAGUCCACGUCAGUCUCCUGGAGCCGGUGGUUGAGGGUAUUCCACAGACCCCGAUCUUCACCGACACUGUUGUUUUCCGGGUUGCACCGUGGAUCAUGACCCCAAACAUCUUGGCACCAAUCAGCGUCUUUGUGUGCAGCGUCAAGGAUAACUAUCUCUUCCUGAAGGAGAUCAACAGCUUGGUGAGCAAAGCUGGGUGCCAGAUCAGCGUUUGCUCACGGUACAUGAACCGUGGGGACCGAUGGAUGCAGGAUGAGAUUGAGUUUGGCUACAUUCAUGCGCCCCACAAGCGGUUCCCGGUGGUCCUGGAUUCUCCACGGGACGGAGGCCUCAAACAUUUUGCCGUCAAAGAGAUUUUGGGCCCUGAUUUCGGCUACGUGACACGGGAGCCCCUCUUUGAGACCGUCACGAGCCUCGACUCCUUUGGGAACCUGGAGGUCAGCCCGCCAGUCACGGUCAACGGGAAGGAGUAUCCUUUAGGGAGGAUCCUUCUGGGAAGCAGCUUCCCCACCUCGGGGGGGCGCCGAAUGACCAAGGUGGUCCGCGAUUUCCUCUAUGCCCAGCGGGUCCAGUCCCCGGUGGAGCUGUAUUCCGACUGGCUGACCGUCGGCCAUGUGGAUGAGUUUGUGACGUUUGUUCCAAUUCCUGGCAAAAAGCAAUUCCGAAUGCUCAUGGCCAGUCCUUCCGCCUGCUACAAGUUUUUCAGGGAGAAGCAGAAAGAAGGCCACGGCGAAGCCACCAUGUUUAAAGGGUACUCUGGCACAGACACAAAACGGGUCACUAUCAACAAGGUCCUUUCCCACGAAAUCAUGGUGCAAGAGAACCAGUACGUGCAGAGAUGCAUUGACUGGAACCGUGAUAUCCUCAAGAAGGAGCUGGGCCUGGGAGAGAAGGACAUCAUUGACCUCCCUGCACUCUUCAAGAUAGACAAGGAAGGGAAAGCCAUGGCCUACUUUCCCAACAUGGUGAACAUGAUUGUGCUCUCCAGAGAUCUGGGCGUCCCCAAACCAUUUGGGCCGAUCAUCGAGGGCGAGUGUUGCUUGGAGCAGCAUGUCUCCUCCCUGCUGGAGCCCUUGGGGCUGACCUGCUCCUUCAUCGACGACAUUUCCUCCUACCACAAGCAGCUGGGAGAGGUCCACUGUGGCACCAACGUCCAGCGAAAGCCAUUUGGUUUCAAGUGGUGGGACGUGGUCUUCUGAGAACUUCCUCCUUAGAAAGCUGGGGGGGGGGUUCAG